CCCGCCUGCGUAGGAUGUAGCACAGGACGUGGCUAGCGAGCUACUAGUUACAGUAGGACGUCCGAAGAUAUAUAAACAUCGUGUUCAGGAUCUGUUUUACUACAUGCUCAAGGAGUGUCUGUCUUUUGCCAGACGAAUUAUUUCUACCAGAUGUGACGCAUCAGCAAUACAUCAAGAGCUGAAUGGAAGCAUUUGAGGCCUUUUGAGGUUGUGGGUCCCAGUGAUGUACCAUGGGGUACGACGUUACGAGGUUCCAAGGGGAGGUGGACGAAGACCUGCUGUGCCCUAUAUGUAGUGGAGUGUUAGAAGAACCAGUGCAGGCUCCGCACUGUGAGCAUGCCUUCUGCAAUGCCUGUAUAACACAGUGGUUCGCCCAGCAACAGAUUUGUCCUGUUGACCGCACAGUAGUGACGCUAGCUCACCUCCGGCCUGUGCCCCGCAUUAUGCGCAACAUGCUGUCCAAACUCCAGAUCAGCUGUGACAAUGCAAGUUUUGGCUGCACAGCCACACUGCGGCUGGACCAGCUGCAGUCACACCUCAAAGACUGUGAGCACAACCCCAAAAGGCCUGUCAACUGUGAGGAGGGAUGUGGGCUUGAGAUGCCCAAAGAUGAGCUACCCAACCAUAACUGCAUCAAACAUUUGCGGAGUGUUGUCCAGCAGCAACAGACAAAGAUUUCCGAGCUGGAGAAAACUGUGGCAGAGCAUAAACACCAGUUGGGCGAACAAAAACGAGACAUUCAGCUGCUGAAAGCCUACAUGAGAGCAAUCCGCAGUGCUAACCCUAACCUGCAAAACCUCGAGGAGAGCAUUGAGUACAACGAGAUCUUGGAGUGGGUGAACUCCAUGCAGCCUGCCAGGGUGACACGCUGGGGUGGCAUGAUCUCCACUCCUGAUGCUGUGCUCCAGGCAGUCAUCAAACGCUCCCUAAUUGACAGCGGCUGUCCUCUCUCAAUCGUGAAUGACCUGAUCGAGAACGCCCACGAGCGUAACUGGCCGCAGGGACUGGCCACUCUCGAGGUACGGCAGAUGAACAGGCGCUACUAUGAGAACUACGUUGCCAAGCGUAUCCCUGGCAAGCAGGCAGUGGUGGUGAUGGCCUGCGAGAAUCAGCAUAUGGGGGAGGAUAUGAUCCUGGAGCCUGGCCUGGUCAUGAUCUUUGCUCACGGCGUGGAGGAGAUCUUAUAACUGUACAGCUAGCUGAGCUGAUCCAGAGACAAGUGGGGACGUUUUGCUUGGGGGUUUGCUGUGACGUGUAGGUUUUUUCUCGCUAGAGUGAAACCUUCUGAAUAAAUCUGGCUUAUUUAAAAUAAAAUCUUCUAAGAGGCUCACUCCUAAGCUUCAUACCUAUGCCUUAAAGUAAGGACAAAUACAUUAUGAACCUGGCAAAUAGAAACUUAAUCUGACUGAUAUCUAAGAUAAAAGGUGAGAUGUGAUGUUUACAAGGUUUAUAUUUAGUGCAUUAUAUGAUCUGAUUGUUCUGCUCCAUGUCCUAAUAUAGUAAUAAGCUUGAACCCCCAUUUAAUGUCCUCAGUUGUAUAAAAAUGCUUGUAAAUACAAAUACUAUAUUGAAUUAUAAAUGUCAUUCUCUUAUUCCCAUAACUGUAAUUAGAUUGUGAUUUUUGUUUAUCUUUGUUCUGUUUAGUCAGCCUGUGUUACUGUCUGCAGGGACGUCGACUCGGAAACUUUUUUUGCGUGCUUGCUUUUUAGUUUUUAGUUUCCUGUGAUUUCACAAGACAUUGUGCUUCUCAGUUUAGAUUGUCCAAACCUUCUGUGCCAUUUGUUUUAUUUAUUGUGUUGCCUUUUACACAAACAUGCUUGAAGAUGUUACCAUUUGAUGUAUGGAAAUUUGCCUUUUUUGGUGCAUUUGAAGUUCAUUGCAGGAAGAAAAACUGAUUUUGUGUUUUCUUUGUUGCCUCAGUUGUAUAUAUAUAGUCUGUAUGUUGGGUCCAGUUGAAUUGUUAAAUUGAAAGUUUAACAUUUAGGAUAUACCUAUGUAUAAUGAGUUUUAUUUGACAAAUCAUAAUGGUUCACUUGAUACAUUGGGUGAUCAUGAAUUAUAGUCAUUGAUCUUAACAAAACUCCACAGUUAGCAAACAUCUGUUCACUGACAUUUCACUCAGAACCACAGCUUGGAGAUUGUAAAAAAAAUAUUUGUGAAGUCACUCUAAUGGCUUUUGAGAGGUAAGAUGUUUCACCAUUAGUCACUUAUUGUUGUAGUAAGACAAACAUGACUCCAGCUUUCCGGUAGAAAAGUCCACACAAGUGCAGUAAACAGCUAAGUUUGAAUUGUGCCCUUAAUUAUUUUCCCUAUUAAUGUUUUUAUUUGUUUUGUGUCUGUUAUGUACUGUGUUGUACAGACAAAAAAGUAAUAAAAUGUCAAACUUCA